AUUCGCCAUUUUUCGCCCAUCAAAUGUCAUAAAUUGUUUGCACGGGAGAUAUUUUUGUUUGAGUGUUUUCCGGGGUAUUUUUUAGCGAUUUCCACGAAAAAGAGAUUGAAAAUGAGUGCAGUGGAUGGGCAAUUGUCCGUAUCAACGCUGCGGCAAAUGCUAGUGUCCCUGGUUAACUUUACAGGGACACAUAAAGAGCAGGCAGACAAAUACCGAUCCAUCCUGGAAGCUAUUUUGGCAAAGAGCGGCUCCGAUGUUGCCGACACUUUGAAGUUGUUUAUAGAAUCCAUCGUCAAUGAACAUGUCAGCCUCGUGAUAUCCCGUCAGAUUCUCACCGAUGUCGCCGUACAUUUGACCAAACUUCCGGAUGACACUUCCAAAGUCAUUUCUCACUUUACACUCGACAAAGUGCAGCCCCGUGUGAUCUCAUUUGAGGAGCAAGUAGCCAGUAUCCGUCAGCAUCUUGCCAAGAUCUACGAACGCCAGCAGAAUUGGCGAGAAUCAGCCAAUGUCCUCGUAGGAAUACCCCUGGAAACUGGUCAGAAGCAGUACUCGGUGGACUACAAGUUGGAGACGUACUUGAAAAUUGCUCGACUCUACCUGGAGGACGAUGAUCCUGUGCAGGCUGAAGCCUACAUCAAUAGAGCAUCCCUACUUCAGGCAGAAACCAAGAGUGAGAAGUUGCAGAUCCUCUACAAAGUCUGCUAUGCUCGAGUCCUGGACUAUCGGAGGAAGUUCAUUGAGGCGGCUCAGAGGUACAAUGAACUGUCGUACAGGACCAUUGUGGAUGAGGAAGAGCGUAUGACGGCUCUCAAGAAGGCCCUCAUUUGCACAAUUCUCGCCUCAGCCGGACAGCAGAGAUCUCGAAUGCUGGCCACACUUUUCAAAGAUGAACGCUGCCAACAUCUUCCGGCCUACUCAAUUCUCGAGAAGAUGUACCUCGACAGGAUUAUCCGACGGUCUGAACUGGAAGAAUUUGAAGCAUUGCUGCAGUUGCAUCAGAAAGCCAGUACCCUCGAUGGCUCGUCCAUUCUCGAUCGUGCCGUCUUCGAGCACAAUCUCCUAUCGGCCAGUAAGCUCUACAACAACAUCACAUUCGUCGAGCUAGGAGCUCUGCUGGAGAUUUCGCCUAACAAAGCAGAACGCAUUGCCAGUCAGAUGAUCACGGAAGGACGCAUGAAUGGCUACAUCGAUCAGAUUGAUGGGAUUGUGCAUUUCGAGACGCGUGAGAUUCUGCCGCAGUGGGACAAGCAGAUCCAGUCCCUGUGCUACCAAGUCAAUGGAAUUAUCGAGAAGAUUGGCAAUGCAGAGCCUGAAUGGAUGACCAAGACUCUAGAUGAGCAGAUGCAGAAUUAAUGCCAGUGACUAAUACUUUUGGGAAUUAAAUGAACUUAUUCAUAUGAAAAA